UUAAGAAAAACAAUCAGUUACAUGAAAUCAGUACAUACGUGGACUAAUCACUUUUAACUGAUAACUCAUGGUCCCUUAUCAUAUCAAGCGAUAUCACAGAACACUUCGAACCUAUAUAAAUAAGUUAUCUAUAUCAGAUAUCGCUUUGUUGUUGGACAAUUAGUGACAGUUGUAUCAAAGAUGAAGUACCUGCUAGCAUUCGCCCUCGUCGCCGUGGCCACGGCGCUCCCCGAGCCGGUGCGGCUACCGCAGCCCGCGCUGCCCGAAGUCGCGCCCCUCCUGAUCCCCCAACCGGUCGCGUCUCCAGUCGUCGUAGACGCCCCUGAAGCCGCCGCACCCGUAGAUGCUGUGAAGGUUGCCGAUGCUCCCGUCGAGGCCGUCCCUGCCGACUUCACCCUCAACAUCGUUGAUGUAGUCCCAGAGAUCGCUGAAGCUCCCGUGGAGAACUUCGCAGUCAAAAUCGUUGAUAACGCUGAUGUCAAUGUUGCCGCUGAAAUCGCCAAUGUCGCUGAUGUUGACGAAGAGACCCCCUCUUACAUCCCAAUCGAUGUCCCCUUCCAGAUUAAGAUCGUGGAUAUGCCCCUCCCUGACUCCGUGGUGAUGCCUCUCCUACAACCUGUGAAGAUUGAAGAUGCCCCCGUGGAGAGCAAUGACUUCGCGGUUAAGUUUGUAGAUGUGGUUCCUGAGGUUCCCGUCAUGUCCCCUAAGCGUUACCCUGACCCAAUGUGGCGUUCCGCUGAACCAAUGAGGCAUUAAGAAUAGUUUAUUUUUAAGUUUCAGCGUUUAAGAACAGUGUAGGUUUUUUUAACGUUAUUUUGUAACGAUUACGAUCCAUCUUUUCGUUUCAUCUUUCCUACAGAAAAUAAACAACCGAAACAACAUGA